AACAGUUCUCGUUUGCAGUUGGCAGAGUGAGGAGCGUAUUUCACACGGCUCCGUCAUCCCAUAAGUAAAAGUCUUAAUAAAGUGCAACUCCAACUCAAUCUCACAAAUUUCCACCACUGCUCACCUCCUAAAUAUUACUCCCAUUACGGGACAAGUACCCAAAUAUCUGGCCAAAUUUAAGUAACAACUUCCAACCCACGUCGGUAAUACUCAGCAUCUGUAUACGAGUAAAGUAGUCGUAAAACAUAUAAUUUUAACCGCUUGAUACCUUCUCUCCUACCUAAAACCUGACUCACCUUAAGGCUUUUAUUAAGUUUAAGGGAAUACAAAAAGUGAGGAUCUCCAGAACAGGCGAGAGUCGAGACACAGGAACAAAAAACCUGCUCCUUCUUCUUCUUCUUCGCCAUCCAAUCCACCAAACUUUUCCUACAACCCGGUCGACUUACUUAUUAUAUGUACGCAUAAUAAGGAUACACAUUUUUACAGCCACCACUCUUUUCAAGACACAUUUUGAAUUCUUCUUCUUCUUCUCCUACCCUUUUCGAACGGAAUUAAAUCCAGAGUAGAAUAACAGCUGCAUCUCUGCACUUCUAAAUAUUAUAGGCCGAGAGGAAUUUCCCAGUUCAAUCGACGCUUUUUCAACGAGAAGUUUGUGUGCAAACAAUUGUCUCGAAAUAAUAAAAUAUCUCAACAGUUGACAUCAUUCAUUUACUACUUCAUUCAUUUGUUAAGUAAAAUAUUCCUCCCUGAAUAAAGUGAGACGCAAGUAAGUAACGUAUUUCAGAGGAGAAGAGAAGCUGCAGUUUGCACAGGCAACUCAUCAUCAACAAACAGUGAACGGGUGCACGAGUGCGUAGCCUGUAUGAAAAAUUACACAAAUCUCUCUAAAGUGCAACUACCAUUAACAAGCCCCAGCAGCAGAUAAGUGUCAUAUUAAAAAAUAGCCAAGCACGUCAACAAGGAGCACAAUAAAUGGAACGAAAUUGGAUCGAGUGACUCGGAUUUUAUGCAGAUCUUUAUUCAGUUUACAAAAACAGGACUUACAAAUAAAACAGUGAUCGAUUCAUCUCUAUAAAUAAACAAUUAGGGAAUAUAUUUCAUUAAAAUGCCUAUUUUACCGGAAAGGACGAGCUACGACAUGGAAAGAAAUCCUGCGAUGAUCAGGAUUACUAUGGGGCCGUUGUGGAAGUAGACAAAAGUUUGAGACUAAAGAGUAAAAUAAAGUGAACAAAUUUCACAGAGAAAACAACAAUAAAUGUUACGACUCAGUGAAUAAGUUGUGUGUUUAUGUGUGUCUCUCUGAGUAAACAGAGAGGAAAAAGUUGAACCAUCCAAAAACACGCGAACAGAAAUUGACUUCUGGAUUCUCUAAACUUUAUCGUCGUAGUGAAGAGUGAAAAUAAUGAAUAAAGAGAAAGCUAGUUCUACUACAGAUUUGAGAAGAAAGUACGACGACGACUCACUUUCUCUUCCUCUUUGAAAUCCAUGCUUCAAUAGGCAGCAAAAAGGACACAAAACACAUCAUAAUUUCAGACCGUCACAUCACAUCCAAAGCAAUUAAUCAAUCAAAUCCAAAAGGAAGGAAGUUGGGAGUCGAGCAGCACACGCCGGAGAAAGUCGCCCCCAGGCGACAUCCAGACUUUAUAAAUAACGUGCCCAAAAAAACAACGUCACUUUAAUCUGGACAAGAUUAAUCAACUUCUUAUUUAAUUUUAAUCAAUCAUCACGUCUCCUUCUUCUUGGAAAUGAAAGACUCGUGUGUUAUUAUUAUUCCAGUCCUAAUUUUCAUUCAAAUUGACAAAUAAGCCACGUGGCACAUACAGAAAGGACGUUACCAAGUGAAAAUAGUUACUUAUUUAAAUUCAUCUUCUACCGGAAGUGCUGCUGUCUUAACAAGUAAUCCAAACCUUAUCGACGUCUCACGUGUUUGACGAUAAGUGAUCAAUGACCUGAUCUUAUCUCGCCCAUUUAUUAAUUCAACCCGUCGUGGUACUUGUCACACCACAGAAAAAUUAUCUACAAUGAGUGCAAUGGCAUUGUAUUUCAUCCUGUUAACAUUACUUCUUUACGUGUUCGACUCCCUGCAGGAGACGGGAUGCUCUCGUCUUCCCGACAUUUACUGGAAUGCUACAAAUCCAAUAUUCCGGAUAGACAAUACAGACCACAUCAUCGAUGUGAACCGGGACAACCUCCCCUACGACCAGGUGAACAUUAUUUGUCCAGUGUAUGCACCAGGAACGAGCGAAGAAGAUGCCGAGAAGUAUAUCAUCUACAAUGUGUCGAAGGAAGAGUAUGACACGUGCCGCAUUACGAAUCCCAACCCGAGGAUAAUCGCUGUUUGUGAUAAGCCCCAUAAGUUGAUGUAUUUCACAAUUACAUUUCGCAGCUUCACUCCCCAGCCAGGCGGUCUCGAGUUCCGUCCAGGGCAGGACUACUACUUCAUCUCAACUUCAUCACGUGAUGAUCUCCACCGCCGAGUGGGAGGCCGGUGCUCCACCCAUAACAUGAAAGUGGUCUUCAAGGUGUGCUGCCAUCCUGGGGAGUCCUCCUCAAAGAGCACCACCACCACAAUUGCUCCCCUCAUUCACGGCGGAGCUCCGCGACUCUCCACCUCCGCGUCCUCCUCCUCAAACUCCAACCUCGUCCCCACCCUGACCUCUCUGUCCUCAGGGGGUGGAGUGCUGUCGAGUCCAACCCCUCCACCCAGACGGGGUCCCGUCAUAGUCUACACGUCAUCCCAGUCUCCAUUAGGAAUCAAUUAUGGCGGUGGGAUUGGGGUCACUGCCGCCCCGACACGCUUCCCACUUUACCAUCCCACCACGAGAUACCCUCCCAAGAAGAAUCAGUACAAUACGAACCCUAAUGUUAAGCCUACUUCUAAGAAAAAAGAGCUGGAGAAGCAUCAGAACGAGGUGGUUAAGAAUGAGGAGUUGACGAGUGGGGCGACCUCCUCUCUGCUGCUGCGGCACGUCUCCUUCUCCCUGUGGUCGUGGUCCUUCUCAUCGCCACCCCCACUACUACUCUGUCUUGUCAACUUACUCUGGGGCGCGUUACUCCAUGUGUAGCCAUACUAAUUAGUUGUACUAGUUAUCUCUUAAUUUACGUAUCCACAAUUAUACAGUAGAAUUGUUUAUCCAUCAGCAUCAACCGAGUAAUUAGUACUCUAAACUAAACUGAAACGGAGGGGCGAACAAUGGGGUGAGGUUGUCCUUUGACAUGUUAAGCACACUACAUGUCCCACAGUAUCUUAUCGAUAUAUGAAGAAUAUGUCAAGCACGACACCACCCCAUUGCUCGCUCCACCCAUAUUUAUGUAUACAUACGUGUGCAGCAUAGUUUUAAGGAAGAACAAUCUCUGAAACCCUUGUUUAAAUAGCGAGAAAACUUUUGUAUUUACUCACACAAAGAUUUUUGUCGUCGUCGUCGUUGUCGUUUUUCUCGUGAGCCAUACUACUUUAAGAAGGAGAAGAUGAACACUGUUACACGCCCAUUAAAAUAGUUACGAGUAUCAUCUCAUCACUUAUCUACUUAUUUCAUUCUAUGCUAUUUUCUUGCUCCCCCCCUUUUCUGUUGUACAUUUAUAAUGUAGCAAAAGGAAAAUGUCAAUGUAAAGAAAUAGUAUUUUGUCCAUGAUGAAUACUACGACACACGACCCACGUCACACCCACAGAGAAAGAGCGCAUAUUAUAUAAAGACUUAAAAUUUAUGUAUGUACGUGCAUACGUUGUAUAUAAAAAUGUGUACUUUGUAUCGUAUUUUGUAAAUUGUAUAAAAUUUGGUUGGAUGUUAAUUUUAUCUUAGAACUCAUUAAUUAUUGUGACUAGCAGAUAUGAACAGCCAGCCAUGUUGUUGUACCAAUUAGAAAGUUAAGUAAUAUAUAUUUAUUAUAAAAGUAUAAGUGUAUGUAGAUGAACACGUAUGUUAGAGAGAGAAAUAGUGAAGAAGAGGUCAGUUUGGGUGGGGUCUUCUAUUUCUCAUUCAUUCAUGUUGAUAAUGCCUUCACGCAACCAUGUGAAAGGGUGAGAUUGAGAGAAACUUUAAGAAAGAGGGGUCACAUUCUUUUACGCAACUUUUACUUUACGAUAUUUAUACAGGAAAAAACAGCAGGAUCUUGAUUUGAGUUAGGAAAAAAGUGAGAAACAGAUAUUUCGACGGUCGAGUGGAUCGUUAUUCUCUUAAGCAAAGCAAAGAAAUACUUGCAACCGUCGUGAUGUGGAAAAGCCUUUCUUGACAAAAUUUAACAUUAAAAUACGAGUGACCGUCUCAAUUCUUCUUGUCAAAUAUAGUUGAACUUUUUGAUUAUACGAUGAAUACCGAUUUUUCUAUCAGAAAAUUAUUAUUAUGACACACAAGACAAAAUGAAGUGACUUUCACACCUUGGGAAAAAAGACUUUCACUCUGCAAAUUUAGAAAGCAGGAGGAGGAAUUAUUUAAAAAAUGCACUUUACGCACUUGCACAUCCGACUUUCACUUUUUUGACAUUCUGUCAUCUAUCUAUUCGUACAUCCCAAUCACACACACACGCGAAAGAGGAGGAAGAAAAAGAAGAAAUUUUUAAAUUAAUGUUAGACAUAAUUUUAACAAAUGACGAGCAUAGUAGCCAAAAAGAAAAAAAGUAGUAGAAUGAGAAAAAAUGCCCUUAUUGUGACCUUAUCUUCUCUUACUUAUCUCUCAACUUGUCUUGUCAUCAUGUCGUAGUUAACAUUUUACAUUACGUAUUAACACCCCGAGUCAAUCAGAUAUUAAGGAAGAGAGAAACCGCAACAGAGAUGAUGAUAAAUUUUAAAAGGUUUUAAAAAAUAUUAUGAUAACGUCCACUUUACUUCAUCACACCAAGUCCAAUGAGGAUCGAAGAAGGAAAAAAAUCACCACCACGACCAGCAUUUCUGUUUUAGCUUGUUAUUUAGCUAGGUAUUGUGUAAUCAAAAAAAUCUACUCAAUGUCGUCAACUUAUGUAUUUACUUACUACUUGGUGUCGUCAUCAUCAUUGUUGUUAUGCGUUGAAGGGAAAGCUGUAUGUAAAAAGGAGAGGGGAGAAAUAAAGUAAGAUGAGUAUGUGUUAUGCAGUUUAAGAAACGCGAAGGAUAAGACUACCAAUUUACCAAGUUUAUUAUUCAUAUAUAAAAUUAUGGAUGUUGUAUGAUGGGUACAUGGUCGAGGAGGAGGUGAAAGCCUCCGAAAUGAACAUCGUUUAAAAACCCAGAUAGAAUUAUUACAAAAAAACUUACUGUUUUUAAUGUAUCGUCGUAUAUAUUCUUCGUCAUCGUCGUCGUCUGAAUCAUCGUAUCGUAACAUAACGUAAAAAUGUGAGAUACUUGUAUGACGCAAAGGAUGAAGAAGAAAGUUGUUAUCUCUCCCAAUUCUGCUGCUGCUACUCGGAAUAUGUCUUUAAGAGUUAGAAGUAAGUAAGGAUUUGAUAUGAGAAAUGGAAAUGCAGAAGCUAAAUUUAUGAAUAAAAGGAAAUAUGUUCUGUGGAAUGAUA